UCGAGCCAGCGCUGAGUGGAGCCUGUCUGCCAACAGCUUCAGCAACGGCUCUAGCAACGGCUCUAUCUGGAUCCUACUACACUGACAAUUAACGGAGGCCCCCUUUUUCUGCUUAUUUUCGAGGACUACUCUUCACCAUGGGCGACAAGAAGAGCCCUACCAGGCCAAAAAGACAAGCCAAACAGACCGCGGACGACGGCUACUGGGACUGUAGCGUGUGCACCUUCAGGAACACCGCCGAGGCUUUCAAAUGCAGCAUCUGCGAUGUGAGGAAGGGCACAUCCACAAGGAAACCCAGGAUCAACUCCCAGCUGGUCGCACAGCAGGUGGCCCAGCAGUAUCCCAUGCCUCCCCCACCCAAGAAGGAGCGAAGAGAGAGGAGCGAGCGUUCGGACAAGGAGCGCCCGGACGGCGACGGAGAGCGAGCCAUCGGCGAGGGACGUCCGGAGGGCGAGCGUGCGGAGCCAGUCAGGCCGGAGGGAGACGUCCACGAGAAGGAGAAGAGCGAAAAGGAGCAACCCAUCAAAGAGAAACCCGACAGAGAGAAGGACAUCAGCCCGGCUGUCACGAAGAAACCCAACAGCAAAAAGACCAGACCCAAAUCAGAGAACCACCAGGGUCCACCCAGUGACAAACACAGCAUACAGUCUGGCAAAUCGGCAAGCAAGACCAACAAGAACUCUCACAUUUCCAGGCCCAAGCUGAAGAACGUGGACCGGAGCACCGCGCAGCAGCUGGCCAUCACCGUGGGCAACGUGACGGUGAUCAUAACAGACUUUAAGGAGAAGACGCGCUCCUCGUCCACGUCCUCGUCCACCAUCACAUCCGGCGCCGGCUCCGAACAGCAGCACCAGAGCUCCGGCUCCGAGAGCAUGGACAAGGGCUCGUCACGCGCCUCCACCCCCAAAGGAGACCUGUCCGUGGGGCACGACGAGUCGUUCUGAGCCCCGCCCCCGCCCCGCCCCCGAACCGCGCCCCCCCCCUGCCCCGACCCCGACCCUCCAGCUCACGCCAACCCUUCUCCCGUGUUUCUGGACACUACGGAUCCCCUCAGAGGUGGGGGGGAGCUCACCCUUCCCAUCGCCCUCCAUUCCACCCCCUCCCCCUCCCCCCUCCCCUGGCUGGAUGGAGAGGAACAGUGCAAUGUGCCUGUCGUUGAGGGGGGAACAAACACACCCCCCCUGCUCGGGAGACCACUUUCCCCCCGGUGGUUCCACCCUGUGGCACAGGCGAGAGGAGAAGAGGAGAGCUGAGCUUUAUGGAUUACCGUCUGCCCCCCCCCCCCCCCCCCCCCCCCCCCCCGUCCCUGCGGUAGCAUCCAGACACUUGUAUGUAUUGUUUUAUAUUUGUACGUGGAUGUGAGGCCAAGUCGACUUUUUUUUGUUUUGUUUUUUGUUUUUGUAAAGAAGAAUUCUCCGCUGGGCACAAUAACCACCGACAUUUUAAUAACUUUAAACUAUUAUUACCCUUAUUUAUUACCUGUUGCACCUGUAUACUUUGAUAUUCUCCUUUUUAUGUUGACGCUUUGCUGUGUAGCUCUGCCGACCCCCUUCGUUCCCUCAGUGUUUUUAAUAUUGCAGCUUGAAAGCGAUCGGACAAGACACACACACACACACACACACACACAUAUACAGACACACACUGGUGCUAGAUACACUGUGAAGCGGUUUUGCAGAUCUGGGAUUCGCUCGCUGAAUGAAAUUCGCCCUCGCCGGACCGCGGCGUCUGUGACUCCGAACACUGACGGGGCGCCGCAGGAAGCCCAGACACCCCACCCCACCCCUCCCCGACCAGACCGUCUGGGAUUUAGUGCGCUUGAGCAGGUCUGCUCCCCAGUCUCUCCUGUCCUCUAAGUGUACAGUGUAGGCCGUUGUGUAAAACACUAAAAGCUGUUGAUAUUUUCUGCAUUCCCUUCCUGGAUCCGGAGGUUUUCUUGAGGCCGGAGGCAGAGCGGACCCCCCCCCUCCCCCUCCCCACCCCCCCCCCCCUCCCCACCCCCCCCACCCCCCACCCCCCCCCACCCCCCCCCCCCCCCCCCCCCCCCCCGGCUCUGGAGCUUUUUUCUCUUAUUGUUUCUGUUUCUCUGUCGUGACUGAAGGACGGCUCUGGGCAGUUCCACUUGGUGAAACCAUAUCGAACUGUAAAAUAGACCUGCUGUGUCCAGCUGUUGUGAAUCGAUUCCACGUUCCUCUCUCUGAACCUUCGUCAUCCUCCAUCCAGAAAACACAAAGCUUCACUCAGACCGACGGUUCAGUCGACCUGUUGGGUUUUUUUUUUUUUUCCUCCUUAUUUGUAUUAAUUUAAGACUCCUGUCAUUGAAGGCAAAAAAAAAAAAAAAAAUCUGCAGUAGUUAAUAGAAGUCAACUGUUCUUUCAAUUUUCUAACAGCAAGGCUUAUUUAAGGGUUUUAAUUCACGUUCACCUUAGCUGAUACUUAGACCAACCUAAUUUCCUUUCAAACUGUAUGAAAUUGUAUAAAGAAUAAAUGUGUAUAUGAUAUCUUAGUUUUAUUUAUUGAAGGACCAAAGGAAUUUCAUAUUGACAUGAUACAUAGACAGAUGAAUAACAAUUUGAAAUGCAAUUAUCUAAUGUGUGAGAUGAAUAACAGUUUAAAUAAAGACUAAUAUAAUCCAUGUAAAUGGUGUUCUUCUUGUCCACUGGUGUGAGGUGUGGGUGGAGGGGGGGGAGGGGCGGAGGAGAAACUGAGCCCUGCUGGUGGUUUUUAAGACUUUGGCCUUAGUGAUCCCGCCCCUCCCCCCCCCCUCUCUGCCGGACCACCGCAGCGCCGCUCCGCUGCCUCCAAAACCAGGUUAGACGAGGUUAAAACACCCACCAGAAAAAGACAGCCCCCCCCCCACCCCUUGUUCUCCUCGGGACGAUAAUCAUGUGUGUCGUGAGCGAUGUUUCAGGUCCGGGAGACGUGUGUUGAUUUUUUUUUUUUUUUCUCCUUCUUCUUCCUCCUCUGCUUCUAAGCUGUGGUUAAAUAUGUAAUUAUGUACUUUACAAAUAUGGAAUCAGUGUUCAAAGUGAGGAAAAGCAAUGUGAAUAGUUUAAGGGGGGCGGGGAGGGGGACUGGGGACUGUCGGGGUCUGGAUUUUGUCCACUUUUUACAGAGAAUUAAAAGAAGAAAAAAGGAAAAAAAAAAAGAAUAAACCCUGCUUUGUAAUGCAAUCUUCUGAGAAAUAGGCCUGAGAGGUCGACUUUCCACCUGCCUUAUCUGCAACCACCUUCACUUUGACUGAGUACUCCACCUGAAAGGAUUCAUUGUUAAAUUAUUGACUAAUGGCCAUUUUGCUGAGUAUAUGAAUUAUUGCUUGUACAUAGAAUUUUAAAAACACUAUGAAUAAUGGCAUCGGAGCUGAAGUCUUUUGUUUCCCGUUUCCUUCCCGCGCAAGCAGUUCUGUUCUUGUGUGCGACCAGUAACCUUAAUUUACUGUGUAAAGAUGGUUACAUUUUUUAGCUUUGUUUGUCAGAGACCCAAAUAUAGAAUGCUUGUUUACUGACUGUAUAACCUUAAACGUGAAUUUCCAAUUAAGUGUAUUAUAUGAACUCAUUUCUUCCUAUAACGAUGUCUUGUACAAUGCUUUCAGAAGUUAUUGCUCGGUUUUAAAAGAGAAAAAAAAAAUGGAAAAAAA